AUGGCGAACAUAGAAUCUGAAGCAGUUGAUUUUGAGCCGGAGGAGGAUGACCUUAUGGACGAAGAUGCUGGAGCAGUUGACGCCGCCGAUGUUUCCCCACGCGCUGGGCAUCCGAGGCUUAAGUCGGCUAUCGCCGGAGCAAAUGGCGAAUCGGCGAAUAGGAAGACCAAAGGCCGUGGGUUUCAGGAGGAGAGAGAUUCCGAUCGCCAGCGCCGCCUUUCCUCCCGCGAUUUCGAUUCACUCGGUUCCGAUGGCGGCCUUGGCCCACAAAGAUCCAUUGAGGGAUGGAUUAUUUUGGUCACCGGAGUUCAUGAGGAGGCACAGGAAGAUGAUAUAUCCAAUGCUUUUGGUGAGUUUGGGGAGAUAAAGAGUCUUCAUCUCAAUCUCGAUCGCCGUACUGGUUUUGUCAAGGGCUAUGCUUUGAUUGAAUAUGAGAAGAGUGAAGAAGCACAGAGUGCUAUCACAGCAAUGAAUGGUGCUGAUAUUCUUACUCGGAAUGUUAACGUUGACUGGGCCUUCAGCAAUGGACCAAGUGUUGGACCUCACAGGAGAAGGAAUUUGAGGUCUGGGAGGUCACAACGUUCACGAAGCCCGAGAAGACGUUACUGA